AUGGAAAUCAAAGUCAUUUGGAAUAAUAAAUCAUACUAGGAGCGAAUUUAACUUAUGUUGAGAAUAAAUAGAAAUUGUCUGUUAUUAGAAAAGACAUAAAAAUAAUAAGUGAUGUCUUAAAAAAAAUACAAGAUCAUAGUUUCAAUAAGUUUGACUAUUCAAAUGAAGAAUAUGAAGAAUCUAAAAAGAAUCUAGUUUAAGGAAUUAAAUAUUAUAGAUAGAUUCUAAAUUUGGGAUUUUUAGUUCACCUAACAUCCAUUGAUAAAACGUUAAAAUAGUGUGGUUCUAAUUCAUUGCAUUUAUUAGUUUAGAUGAAGGUGAGCCUUAGAAACAAAAAUUUUGUUAACAUAAAAAUCUAAAAUACUUCAGUGGUGGGAGCUAAUUUUGUUAGAUGCAAUUUAAGUGGAUUUGAAUUGGAUAAUGUAGAUAUAAGUGGAAUUAAUUUGAAUGGUGCUUAACUAUUCAAUUGUAAGUGGAAGAAUUUGAAAAUACAUGAAUCGAAUAAAAUGGAUGUUCAUCCUGAUUAUGUCUACUCUGUCCGUUUCUCUCCUGAUGGAAACAUAAUAGUUUCUGGUAGUUGGGAUAAGUCUAUCCGUCUAUGGGAUGUAAAAACAGGAUAAUAAAAAGCCAAAUUGGAUGGUCAUACUAGUACUGUCUACUCAGUCUGUUU